UAAAUGGUUCAAUGAAUUCGUGGGUGGGUGUCUGGGUGAUCGCAGUGAGUCUCUAUUAGCCUUGGGGAUUCGAAGGCCUUUCAAAGCUCAAAGUGCAACAGCUCGCCGUCGCCGUUGAGGUCUAGGGCGGCGAACUGCUCGUCGACGCUCUUCGUGAACUCACCCUCCUCCUCCACAAACUGCCGCACAGUGGAUCCGUCGAUUAUCACUACCCCCAUCUCCUCUCCUCCCCAAUUCACUUAUUUGAUCUCUACCCACAAAACCCAUGCAGGUCCUCACCUAGACACCCAGUCAUCCGAGCUACUGGCCUUCGUCCCUCCGAGUCUUCGAUAGUUAAACUACUUGCCUGCUCGACCUUCAAAGUUCGACCUUCGACUUGCUGGAUCUGCUUGCCUUCUCGCCUUUUCGACCUUCUACCUACUUGAUUUACCCAUUGCAUUCUCUUCAAGCUAGGGUUCCUUGUUUUUUCCAUUCUUCCAUUUUAAGAUUUAUAAGCAACUAGACCAAACAUCUCCCUCUCUCUGAUCGUGGCACCGUAAUGAAUCCACUCGAAGGGAUGAUGAACUCAACACAAUUUGUAAUGAACUCAAAUAAGUGGUAAUGCCUGACUGAAUAAAUUACUUGCAAAAGAAUGAAAUUACAGGAUGAACUAAAUCUAAUACUACAAUGCUUAUAAUGGAAAUUGAAAUAAAGAAGAACAGAUUGGCUGGUUCGAGAGAGCCAUUCUCCAGAAACAGAAAACAAAUUGAUUCCAAUUUUUCUCCCCCUGUAUUCCACUGACCCCUAGCUUUAUACAUAACAAACUCUAACUAACUUAUUCUGGAAUACCCCCUGCGAUCUACUAUAGUUGGCCCCUUAACACGUAAGCAACAAUGAGCCGUUAAGGGAACUCAGCCCAGCACCCAGCCCAGCUGCCACGUGAUCCACGUCUCGGCCCACGACGACCCAAGCUGCGAAGCCGACCUGCGAAUGGCCAACCUGCCCACACGCUCACUCUGUUCGGCCUCUUCUGACGACCCCAGCUCAGCACCAUCUGUCCGAGCUCCCCUGUGAUCAGCUGUUCCGUCCGAGCCGCUCAAGCCCUCUGUUCGAGCUCCCCUGUGACGGGUCGUCUUGUCCGAGCCCUUAACCAGCUCGACAUCUCUUCUAUCUGACAACCAGCUCGGACCCCUUCUAUUUGCGUUCCCUGGUGUCGAGUUACCUUGUCCGAGCCCCUCGAUCUGCUUGGAUUCCCCUCUGGUUGGCGUCUCCGACCUUCCUCUGUCUCGGCUUGUAGCAGGCACUCAGGUCUUGGUGAUGGUGUGUGUGGAUUGAUCAAAUUAACCACACUUUUUUUAAGAGAGUUUGCAGAGACCCUUUUGAAUCAAAUUAAAUGGCAGGCAAAGCCGUGAAAUCUGCGGCAAAAACAGUUGGGGAGUACCAGUACCCGUGGCGGGAGAAAUUGACAAAAUACAAAGAUGAGUUAUCAAAGGGUGUCUGGGGUUACUGGGAGCUAGGGGCAUGGAAGCAACUCGGCAUUAGUGCUCGGCGUCGUGCUAGACUUCGCAAGGAAGUUCUCCUUGCUGGGGAAGAUUGGCCAUAUGACCCAGAGAAGAAGGAAAUGAGAACCAAGAGGAAAGGGCAUAAGUGUGACAGGAUAGCUGCGGAAAAAAGGGCCAACACUGCCAAAUUGAUGGAGAAAAUGCCAGAGAUGCUGCUGGCCUACAAGAAGCGUAGGUGGGAGAAGAAGAUGAAGCAAGAAGACAGUGCAAAAAAAUAGGUUUCCCUGCAGAUAGAUUAUGUCAUUAUCAUUUUUGCUCUUUUUCUCUUCGCUUGUGGAAUGUUCCUUAGUGAUGGAAAACCUUUUUUUUUAAAUGUUAACGAGCUUGCAGAUAUUGUAUGGGCAUAUAUUUUUAUGUUGGUUUUGGAGCUGUUCCUUAAAUUUUCCA